CCAUGGAUGCCGUCACACCGCACCCCACCGCCGACUUCACCGCCGCAGCGGGAGGCUGGUUCUCCCCAACCGAGAGCCCGAACGCCACCGGCCCGGUAGAGGGGCCGACCCUGGGGCUGGAGGCCGACAUCGUCCCGGCCGUUUUUGCCAUCAUCUGCAUCGCCGGCGUCGCUGGGAACGCUUUUGUCAUCUUUAUGGUUUACCGGUUCUCCGAACUGAAGACUGUAACAAACUACUACAUCGUGAACCUCGCUGUGACGGACCUGGCUUUUCUCAUCUGCUGUGUCCCGUUCUCCGCCGCCAAGAUCGCUACUCCGUCCUGGGAGUUUGGAGAGUUCCUCUGCAAGUUCGUCUUCUAUUUCAUGCAGGUGACCGUCCAGGCCACGUGUCUGACCCUGGCUGCCGUCAGUAUUGACCGGUAUCUCUGCGUCGUCAAGCCGUUUGAAUCCCUGAACAUCCGGACCCCCAGGACCUGCCUGGCCAUCAGCGGAGGGAUAUGGAUUGGCUCGUUCCUGUUGUCGCUCCCCCUGCCGCUCCACAUGGAGACGGUGACUCACGACUGGUACGGCGCCGGAAACAUCCUGUGCACGGAGGUGUGGCCGUCUCAAGUGGCGCGUCAGGCCUACAUGGUCUACACCUUCCUCAUCAGUUACGUCAUCCCCCUGGUAACCAGCAUGACGUCACACUCCCUCAUCGUCCGCCAUCUUUGUGUCAAGGUUCACAUCCUGAGCCACAUCCAACAGCAGGCCAUCAAGCGGAAAAAGAAGGUGACCCGGAUGGUGGCAGUCGUGGUCGGCCUCUUCGCCCUCUUCUGGCUGCCGAACCAUGUGAUGAAUAUCUGGUGGAUGACUGCCCAGCCCAAGGAGAUCUCCCACGUCGUGUUUGUCAUGAAGGUCGUGUCCCUGUGCCUGUGCUACUGCAGCUCGGCCAUCAACCCCUUCGUGUACGCCAUCCUGGGCGACAACUUCCGCCGAUGCUUCAGGAAGCUGUUCCCGAGAUGCUUCAGGACGAACGCCGUGGCUCCUGUCGUCGACAACAACUCGUCCGGCAGUAAGUACCUGCACCGGGCCCGGCGGCUCAACCUCCCCGGCUCCAGCAACCUCAACUCGCCGCCGAACCGCGUCGUCAUCCCGUCUACUGUUCAGAUGGUGCGGGCUGGCCCAAGUCACGAGUUCGAACUGUAUGGGUAA